CUAGUCAAAGAAACAGUCCCCAAUCCCAUCACCCAAGCCCUCCUGUCCAUCUACUAUCCCCAAACCCUCACUCUCCGCCAAUACGCACUGUCCAAACUUCCCAAAACAUCCAGAAUUCGCCGAAAGAAGAUCGCCGCACUCGGCCUGUCUUCCUCUUUCCCUUCUCCUUCCCCUGCCCCUGCCCCAGCCUCGGAGAAACCCUCCGCUGCCCAAGCACUUGAGCAAGCCCUAGGUACUCUCCUAGACACAACUCUGGUCUGCUCUCACGACCCUCCAGACAUCACUUCCAAGAAAGAAAAGUCUGAUUACCGCUGGGAACAAUGGGUCGGCUUCUCCCAAGGCGGAGGAGGAACCAAAGGUGACGAGUCCCAUGUGACCCUGUCCGAUGGCUUAAAGGGGGCCAUGUAUUCGCAGUCCGACAUAGUCGACUUUGUCAUCUGGCUAUUAUUCUCCCGUGGUUCCCGCUCAGCAUCUUUCCGAGAAAAGACAAAAACUGGGAACGGAUGGCCUGGGCCGAGACAUUUACUCUGUGAUGGUUUCCGGAAGGGAGUCCCUCCGCAGGGUCGAUCUGGGGAGAUGGCAACAACUGCCGGUCAUCAGCAUCAGAUACCCGGUGUGUAUGCGGUUCAUCAGAAUAACUGUGUCAAGGUGCUGAAGGAGGCACCGUGGCCGCAGUUCUUAAUGUUACUGGGGAAAGAAGGGGAGAGGAUCAUGUUGGAUUUGUUGCUGGAUUGUGCCGUGUUCGUAGGUGUGAAGGAGGGAAAGGGGAAUUUGGUUCAAGUGAGCGGUAUUCCUGUUUCGGAACUGCAGCCGCGGUCGUUGGGUACAGACUUUGCUGCCAGAAAAGACUUGAAGGGCACUGGUGGGGCCAGUGGUGAGAACCAGGAACUGAGUCCUUCGGAAAUCACCUUUGCCAGAAACAGAAUGUUGUACGCCAGAGCGACGUUGAAUGCAAAGGGGUUGGUUCACUUUGGACUGAGGCAUAUUCACGUCCUGAACCGUUUUCCGUGCCAAAAGCCAGCUGAAGGGGAAGAGGCAAGUAAACCGGAUGAGAGCACAACGCAUGUGAUGAUGUACAUCUUUCCUCGCCAGUUCGGGCUUCACAAUGUCUUCACCUCGGUGGUAGAUCGCCAGCAGACUGCGCAAAAGUUCCAAGACUACACUCUUCGCGAAGAUGAGAUAGCAAAAAAGUUUCCUAAACCGACCGAGGGAGAGCGGCCCAAGGUCAAGAUACCCAAGAGACUCAGGGGUAAGACGCAAGAGUUGGUUCAUAAGUUGCAAGUGUUGCAUAAGCGAUGUUCGUGUGCUGAGAUGCUGCAGUAUUAUUGUCCUGUGAGUCCUCUUGCCCGCCCCUCAAAGUCAUCCCAAAAGAACCGCAGGAAUCUUCGUCCACCUUCUACCGCUGCCGUCAUUACGAAUUCUGAUUCCCAGUCUUACUCUCUUCUGGACCUAGCCACCCCUAUUUCGAGCAUAUCAGCUUUCUGCCAGGCUGUUCUAUCGAAAAUCAUCCCCAACGACUUCUGGGGCUCGUCAGACUCAGAAGAGGGACAUCCCCAAGAACACAACAAGUCGGUCUUCCUCAAACAAAUCGACGCCUUCAUCCGCCUUCGCCGCUUCGAAUCCAUGACCCUCCACAACCUCGUCCAAGGAAUGCAACUCUCUUCCAUUCCCUGGUUGGCAUCUCCAGCUUUAUCCUUGCACAAGUGCUCCCAGCCCGAGCUCAACAAGCGAAAAGAAAUUUACCUCGAGUUUCUCUAUUACACCUUUGACUCGCUCUUGAUCCCUCUGAUCCGGUCCAACUUUUAUGUUACGGAAAGCUCGGCACAUCGGUACAGGCUCUUCUUUUUCCGACAUGAUGUCUGGCUGUCUGUCACCAAGCCGGCCCUCACUUGUCUGAGAGUGAAAAUGUUUGAGGAGGUCAAGGGCGCGGAAGCGGUGAAGAUCCUGGAGGGAAGGAAGUUGGGGUUUUCCCAGGUGAGGUUGUUGCCGAAGGGGGUGGGAAGUAACCUGAGGCCGAUCAUGAAUCUGAGGAGGAGGGUUUUGCUCAGGGCGUCAGGGAGUAAAGGCAUUCGGGGAAAACAAAAGCAGAUACUGGGGCCGAGUAUCAACUCGAUACUGGGACCGGUGAAUUCCAUGUUGAAGUUUGAGAAGAGGCAACGGCCGGGGAGGUUGGGAGGGGGGAUGUUUGCUGUGGGGGAUAUCUAUCAGAGGGUGAAGGGAUUUCGAGCUCGGAUUAUGAGCGAGGAGAAGGGCGGCGGAAAGAAGAAAAAGUUUUAUUUCGUCAAGGUGGACGUGCAAGCGGCCUUCGACACCAUUCCACAAGAGGCAAUGGUCGAGUUGCUGGAAAAGAUUCCGGGACACGGGGUAUACAAGGAGUCAAAACACGUCGAGGUCAGUCUUCCGUUGGAUUACGAACAUAACCCAGCAAACAACGACGACACCAACAUCGACAACCCGAAGAACAAGCUAAAACCAACCAAACGCUGGCACUCAACCACCACGUCCUUUCCCUCAGUCACUACUACAACAACCUCAACCACUUCCCCGUCAACCUCUAUCCUCCCCCAACAAGAUUCAGUAGCAACAACAAAGAAAAACACCCUCUUCAUCCCUUCCCACUCCUCCACCAAACUACACACCUCUUCCUCCCUCUUAUCCCUCGCCAAAGAACACAUCACCCAAAACCUCGUCAAGAUCGGGAAGAAGUACUACCGCCAAAAGACGGGGAUACCCCAGGGCUCCGUGCUCUCCAGCACGUUAUGCAACUACUUUUACGCCGAUCUCGAACGCUCUCAAGGGGGGAUAAGUCGCGACGGAAAUACCUUAUUAAUGCGUUUAAUCGACGACUUCCUCCUCAUCACCACCUCGCGAUCCAAAGCGCGGCGGUUCGUGGAGGUGAUGCAUCGUGGGUUUGCAGAGUAUGGCGUGAGUGUUUCUGCGCAGAAGAGUUUGGUUAAUUUUGAUGUUUGUGUUGAUGGUACUCGAGUGUCAAAUUUGAGGAGGGGAAGCACGAAGUUUCCGUAUUGCGGGUUGAUGAUUGAUACGAGGACGUUGGAGAUUUGUAAGUCUGGUACUGAGACUGGUACUGGGGUGGAGAAUAAGAGGGAUACGGUGGUAUUCAAUGGGAUUACGGUUGAGUACUCGAGGAAUCAGGGACGGAACUUUAGGCGGAAGGUGUUGAACGCCUUCAAAAUCCAAUCCCACCUCCUCUUCUUCGACACCACGCACAACUCCUUCCGCACCACCCUCCGCAACUUGUACUCGGCCUUUAUCGAAACAGCCAUCAAGAUGUGGGCGCACGCUCGCUGUCUUUCUUCCACCACCACCCAACGAAAACGGAAACCGGGGACGGCAUUAGUCAUCGAUACGAUCAAGUCCCUGAUUGAAGUGGCGUACCGUCUGUUGACGAGUAAAUCCAGAAAGGAAAGAUAUCCUGGUUAUCAGUGCUCUGUUAGCAAGGGGCAAGUUGCGUGGUUAGCCAUGGUUGCUUGUCGACAGGUGCUGGUGAGGAAGCAAGCGGGGUAUAGGGAGGUGAUUAGGUGGUUGGAAGGGGAGAUUGAGAAAGUG